AUGACGGAUGCCAACUUGCCCAUGGUGCCUAUGGAGGCGACUCCCGACGAGAUCAUGAAUUCACUUAGGAUGCAAAAAACAAUCGACAAGUGGACGAACCAGAGUGCCGCUACCAAGCCUAUGACCAUACUUUCGUUUUUCCAAACGAUGACUGGAUUGCCGUAUGAGUUCUUCAAGGCGUUACGUCCAGAGGUGCGAAGGAGAUGGGAAGAAGCAUACGGACGAGCGUGCAAUAAAUUCUAUGAAAUACAUCCUCCUUCCGCACCCAGGGCAAUAAGGCCAAGCCGCUCUAAAAGGAACAAACACCGUGAUGAUGGGACAGAAGCUUUCCAAGCUGUUCCUAGUCAUGACAAUUCCAGGGACAUGCCAUUGUCCAUGGGUGCUCAUCACCAGGACUUACGGUCUUCAGGACAAGGAACGUCGAGGGCGGUCGCCGGUCUGUCGACGGUCUUCAUAGACUACGGCGAGACUCGAUCCGUUCGACGACGCUCGGGAGAAUCCAAGAACAGGAAGAACAAGCGACAGGAACCAUACCCUAGCCUAGCGGCGGGGCCCUCUCGUCUGCCCAUGCCCUCGGUGUCUCCCCAUGCCCAAGAAUCUCCCACUGCAUCUUCUUCAGGAUCGCCGUCUACAUAUAGUGGAAGCCCUUUCGCGUGGCGCGAUUCACCGCUGGGACGGUAUGAGCAGGUUUCGACAUCCUUGCCCGAUAACAGCUCUUUGGCCUCGCGAUACUUUCGCACUCCGGAAGAACCCCAAGUUGACGCCCCUGCGAGUUUCGUAUCUCCCGCUGUAUCGGCGCCUUCCCGUCCUCGUUCCUCUACGCUUCCGUCGAACGUGUCGUCUCUUGGGCUCUAUAGUGACAGUAUCCCGCUUUACUAUCCGUAUAGGGCGGAACCGUCUCCCCCUUCCACGCCCGGUGGAUGGGAGUCAUCUAGCCUGACAAGCACCCCCGCAGAUUCCCCCGCGCAGCUAUCCCUCAGCAGCUUCCCACCUGUCCCGUCCUCGAGUGCUGGAUGGAGCCCUGCCGUAUCUCCUAUUGACUUAGCACCUUCACCCUCGCAAUGGUACAACCGGCCUGCCUCCAGUCAUACUCCGGAGCACGACCAUCCUCCGCUGCCACGGUUCGUCGAGCCGACGGAACAGACUCACCCCGGGCAUUCCCGCUUCUUUUUGGAAGAUAUUGCAGAGAUGCUUGCAGUAGUUGAGCCCAUCGUCCAUGCUGAAUUUCAGCAGCAGGCUCUUGACCCGAAUCUGUUCUCGACAAAUCUGCAGUAUCAAGAGGACGCCACCGGCGGUAGCGGUUCAUGA